AUGGCUACCCCUAGUGUCCUAGCUUUUGACGCUGAGGGUCGCGCCAUUGAUUUUGAGGUCUGGCUAGACGACCUGCAGCUGUUCUUACAGUGCGACAGGGCUGAUGACCUUUCUCUCUUUGACCUCACCUCUGGCGCCUCUCCUGCUCCUGCUGCUGAUGCUGAUCCCGCUGUCCGCUCUAAGUGGGCCACCCGCGAUGCUGCUGCACGUCUUGCUGUGCGUCGCCACCUCCCUACCUCUGAGCGUGCGCACUUUAGUCAGUACAAGAGUGCUCACACCUUGUACGACGCUGUAGUUGCGCGCUACUCCUCCCCUGCCACUGCUGCACUGAGCCGUCUCAUGCUUCCCUACCUCUUUCCUGACCUCUCUGCCUUUCCCACUGUCGCUGACCUCAUUACGCACCUCCGCACUAGUGACACUCGCUACCGCGCCGCCCUUCCUGCUGAGUUCUGCGCUAGGAACCCCCCUCCCAUGUACAUCGCUCUCUACUACGUAGUCGCGCGCCUCCCUGACUCCCUUCGCGUCGUCAGGGACCACUUUCUCGCAGUCUGUCCCACCACUCUCACCGUCGACCUCCUCGAGAAGGCCCUCCUCGCAGCGGAGAAGAGCAUAGUCGCUAUAGGUGCUUCUCGUGGUGACCCUCGCACCCCCAUCUUUGAGGGGUGCUCUCCUUCCCCCUUGCUGCCCUCUGUUGCCUCUGCUGCUGCUGCCGACCUGCUUGGUCUUGAGUCGGUCGGCGCGGCGUCUGCCCCUAGUGGGAGACGUCGCUCCAGCAAGGGCAAGGGAGGCAAGGGCGCGGGUGGAGCUGGAGGGGGCGGUGGCGGUGGCGGCGGUGGCGGCGGAGGGAGUGGGGGUGGUGGCGGGACUAGUGGCGGGGGUGGUGGUGGUGGUGGUGGCAGCAGCGGCGGAGACGGUGGUGGUGGUGCCAGCGGUGGUGGUGGAGGCAGCGGCGGAGGUGGAGGCGACGGAGGUGGAGGCAGUGGAGGCGGCAGCGGCGGAGGCAGUAGUGGUGGAGGAGGUGGAGCUGGUCGGGGUGGUACCCAGCAGCGUAGCGGCGGUGGUGGUGGCCAGCGCUCGCACCGGCAGCAGCAGCAGCGCUCACGGGACAUCCCUUCGCCUCAGCAGCUUCGUGAGUGGUACGCUGGGCGUCAGAGGGGUGGGGGUACUGGUCCCUGCACCUACGUUCUUCGUUCCGGCGACCGCGCGGGUGAGCAGUGUGGGGGUGCCCACGCCACCCAGCGCUGCUUUGGCCGCCUGACGGACGCUUGGCGUCAGCAGUUCCCUGGGGCUAGUGAGAUCCCUCGCUGGGAUGAGCUUCUCAGGGCUGGUGUAGCGAUCUUUGAUCUUGAUUUUGAUGCUAUCCUUACUGCUAUGUAUGUUGUGGACUAUAGUGAGGAGAAUGAGGGUUACCGGUGUUUCCAGCCCGACCCGGGCAUUGGUACUGCUGCGCUAGGUACUGGUGAGGCUGCUGCUCUAGGUGCCAGUGCGUCUGCGCUCUCAGGUACUGGUGAGACUGCGUUCUCAGGUACUGAGUCGUCCUCGUCCUCCCUCACUUUCACACUUGACUCCGGAGCUUCUCGCUCCUUCUUUCGAGACCGCACUACCCUUUCGCCGCUCGCCAGGCCGGUUGCGGUCUCCCUUGCUGACCCCUCUGGGGGUCCUGUCCUGUCUCACUUCUCCACUGUCCUCCCGUGUCCGGCUGCCCCUUCGGGCACCCUGUCGGGUCUGUACCUUCCCUCGUUCUCUACGAACUUGGUGAGUGGAGCGGACCUGCAGGAUGGGGGUGUUCACCAGUUCACUCCUGCGCGUCAGCGGGUGACCCACUGCACGGAGGCUCGCACAGGCCGACACCUGGCCACGUUCUCGCGUCGGCCGGGGUCGAGUCUCUACACCCUGACCGUUGAGUCUCCUCCUGUCCCUGCGUCUGGUCAGGUGGCUGCGUCGGGUCAGGUACUUGCUGCUGCGUCCCGGUCAGGUCCUGAGUCUGCCCCCUGUUCUUGUCGCCUCCUGUCUCACGAGACUCUCCUGUGGCACCACCGUCUUGGCCACCCCUCCUUGCCCCGUCUUCGGAGCAUGGCUUCCCGUGUCCUUGUCUCUGGUCUUCCCCAGUCUCUCCCUCCUCUCCCCUCCGGGCCAGGACCUUCCUGUGUCCCCUGUGUCGAGGGUCGCCUCCGGGCUACUCCUCACUCCUCCCACUUCCCCCCGACAGAGGCUCCCCUGCAGACGCUUCACAUGGAUGUGUGGGGCCCAGCCCCCGUCCGUGGGCAGGGUUACGAGCGAUACUUCCUGUUGGUGGUUGACGACUACUCGCGUUACACCACAGUCCUCCCCUUGCGCAGCAAGGGUGCGGUCACUGAGGUGCUGAUCGACUGGAUCCGCGAGGCUCGUCUCCAACUCAGGAAGAGCUUCGGCUCGGACUUUCCUGUUCUGCGUCUGCACUCUGACAGAGGCGGAGAGUUCUCUUCUCGCCUUCUGCGAGACUACUGUCGUGCACGGGGGAUCCGCCAGACCUUCACGCUUCCGGACUCACCACAGCAAAAUGGGAUUGCUGAGCGCCGCAUUGGCAUGGUCAUGGAUGUCGCUCGUACGUCCAUGAUGCAUGCGGCUGCCCCCCAUUUUCUGUGGCCGUUUGCGGUGAGGUACGCGGCGCAUCAGCUCAACCUUCACCCCCGGGUCUCUCGGCCUGCGAUGUCCCCAGCCUUGCUGUGGACGGGGAAGGUUGGCGAUGUGUCUGUGUUCCGUGUCUGGGGAUCUCGGGCGUUUGUCCGCGACUUGUCUGCGGACAAGCUGUCCCCUCGUGCUGCUCCGUGUGUCUUCCUUGGCUUCCCCACUGACGCCCCAGGGUGGCAGUUUUACCACCCCUCCUCUCGUCGUGUUCUGUCCUCCCAGGACGUCACGUUCGACGAGUCAGUCCCCUUCUACCGUCUCUUCCCCUACCGCACUCCUUCCCUCCCCCCUCCCCCGGACUUCCUUGUGCCGGUAGACGCCGUUGACCCGUUCGAGGUUACUGGUGACUCUGGUGCUGCUGCGGGUGCUGAGCCUGGGGGUGCUGACUCUGGGGGUGCUGUGCGCGGGGGUGCUGAGCCUGGGGGUGCUACUGCUGGGGGUGCUGGGCCUGGGGGUGCUACUGCGGAGGGUGCGGAGCCUGGGGGUGCUGAGCCGGGGGGUGCUGUGCCUGGAGGUGCUGGGUCUGGGGGUGCUGGGUCGGGAGCUGCUGAGCCUGGGGGUGCUGAGCUGGGAGCUGCUGAGCCUGGAGGUGCUGCGUCUGGAGCUGCUGAGCCUGGGGUUUCUCCUGCUGCUGCGUCUCGCCGGGAGCCCCUCUCUCCACAGGAGCUGCGCGAGUGGUUCGCUCGCCGCUAG